AUGAACAGCUGCAGAGUCACCAAGUUCCUCAAGAACCUCGAGAACUUCCUCAAGCUCUGCAGAUUUCUCUAUGGUGAUCAGGCCCGCUUUUUCAUGGACGAGAUUCAUCUUGAUCUAAAACACUCCAAGACGGGAACGGUUGCCAUGGCAAGUGCUGGAGAAAAUCUCAAUGCUUCUCAGUUCUAUUUCACUUUGCGGGAUGAUUUGGAUUAUCUUGAUGGAAAGCACACGGUGUUUGGUGAAGUUGCAGAAGGAAUUGAGACAUUGACUAGGAUUAAUGAAGCCUAUGUGGAUGAGAAGGGGAGACCCUAUAAAAACAUCAGGAUCAGGCACACAUAUAUACUGGAUGAUCCUUUUGAUGACCCUCCCCAGCUAGCUGAGUUGAUUUCUGAUGCUUCGCCUGAAGGAAAGCCGAAAGAUGAGAUGGUUGAUGAAGUGCGACUUGAAGAUGACUGGGUACCUUUGGAUGAGCAACUAGGCCCGGCUCAGCUUGAGGAGGCUAUCCGUGUUAAGGGAGCACGCUCUAGUGAAGUUGUGCUUGAGAGUAUUGGGGAUAUUCCUGAUGCUGAGAUAAAGCCUCCAGACAAUGUGCUCUUUGUUUGUAAACUGAAUCCAGUUACUGAAGAUGAGGACUUGCAUACAAUCUUUUCACGAUUUGGAAUUGUGUUGCUUUGGACAGCUGAUUCUUAUUGCAAAGCUAAUGAUGAUGACCUUGACAGGGCUGACAUCAUCCGUGAUUUUAAGACUGGAGAUAGUUUAUGCUAUGCAUUCAUAGAGUUCGAGAACAAGGAUUCAUGUGAGCAGAUGGACAAUGCCUUGAUUGAUGACAGGAGGAUAAAGGUGGAUUUUAGCCAGAGUGUUGCAAAACUUUGGUCCCAGUACAAAUGUAAAGAUAGCCAAGCGGCUAAAGGAAAAGGUUGCUUUAACUGUGGGGCUCCUGAUCACAUGGCCAGGGAAUGUACUGGAAGCUCCACUAGACAGCCACCUUCAAAGUACAUUCUGAAGAAGGACAACACACAGAGGGGUGGAGAUGACUCUAGGUAUGAAAUGGUCUUUGAUGAAUAUGCACCAAAAAGUCCAAGUCAUGGAAGAAAAGGCAAGGACGAGAUGACUGGGAUGAUAGCCAUAAGAUGA